CUUGGGGAGGGACGGGCACUGUUCCCCAGAGCAGUGCAAUCAGUGCUGGGAAACUGAAGCUGCAAGUGUCCGAGGGACCCUGGGACAUCUCUGGGGUCUGCAUAGGUACCCAUGGAGGAGCAGAGAUGGCAGAUGAAAGAGGCCGUGGAGGAGAAAACGAACACAGCAAUUCACCAGAAAUUGGCAGGCUGUGGAAUUGAUGGAAUCCACUUACUGUCCAGGCCUAAGGGGGUCCAAUAAUCCCAUCCUUUGCCAAACGCUUUACUGUGGUACUGGCAUCGUUUCAAGCAUUUAAUCCUCGUUCCAACUCUACGAGGAAGAUCUAUCUAGCUCCGUCACCCAGGCUGGAAUGCAAUGGAGUUAACACAGCUGACUGCAUGACUGCAGCCUCAACCUCCCUGGCUUAAGUGAUUCUCCCACUUCAGCCUCUCGAGUAGCUGGGAAUACAGGCACCUAAGAAAGCAAAGAAGAGAGCUGGGGGCGCCAACUCCAACGUAUUCUCCAUGUUCGAACAGACCCAAAUCCAGGAAUUUAAGGAGGCCUUCACUAUCAUGGACCAGAACAGGGAUGGCUUCAUCGACAAGAACGAUCUGAGAGACACCUUUGCUGCCCUUGGGCGUGUGAACGUGAAAAAUGAAGAAAUUGAUGAAAUGAUCAAGGAGGCUCCAGGUCCAAUUAACUUUACUGUGUUCCUCACAAUGUUUGGGGAGAAACUUAAGGGAGCGGACCCUGAGGAAACCAUUCUCAACGCAUUCAAAGUGUUUGACCCUGAAGGCAAAGGGGUGCUGAAGGCUGAUUACGUUCGGGACAUGCUGACUACGCAGGCGGAGAGGUUUUCCAAGGAGGAGGUUGACCAGAUGUUCGCCGCCUUCCCCCCUGACGUGACUGGCAACUUGGACUACAAGAACCUGGUGCACAUCAUCACCCACGGAGAAGAGAAGGACUAGGAGGGGGCUCGCUGCUGCGCCCUGGGCUCGUCUUUGCAGAGUGGUCCCUGACCUCAUCUCUCUCCCCCGAGUACCGCCUCUGUCCCCACCUUGUCUGUUAGCCUUGUGGCUGCCCCAUUUAUCCACCUCCAUCUUCUUUGCAGCCUGGAUGGCUACGGAUACUUCGUGCCCACACAUCCUACAGAUGGAAUCCAUCCAGAGGCCAUGUUCCAAUAAACAGGAGGUCGUGUA